GCACAAAAUGGCUUCCCUAGUCGAUUCGUUUUUAGAUGACCUUGAGGAACUAGAGCGAGAAGAGGAAGAAAGCGAACGUGCAGAGAACAAUAGGACCCAGAUAUCGGAACUAUGCGAAUCGGAUGAUGAUGCUCCCAUUAUAGACGCCGUGGAGGAGUAUUUUUCCUCAGUUAGUAACCCGCACUUUGUCUUCUCAAAGAAGGUCAAUGACCCCAAGCUAAACGGGUUACUGGAGAAAGUAAGGCAGCUUGCACUGGAGAAGGAUUGGAGCCACUCCGAAUUGACAUUGAUAGAGGAAUGCAACCAGGCGGUACAAGAGAUUGACAAUGAAAUUAUAAACAUAUACAACUAUGUCAGAGAUAUCUACUCGAAAAGGUUCCCCAAACUGGAGUCUAUUGUGUACUCCCCUUUGGACUACAUCGCAGUUGUUAGGAGAGCACAAAAUGAAAUGGACUUCACAAAGGUCACUCUAAGUGACAUCUUGCCAAAUACCAUGGUCAUGGCAAUUACAGUGGCGGCAACCACUUCAUCGGGGUCAUACCUGUCAUCACAUGUACUAAAAGAGGUACUUGCAGCGUGUAACGAGGGGAUGAUACUGGCAGACUUCAGGAAUGACAUAUUGGUAUACCUAGAAACACGAAUGGCGCUUUUGGCGCCAAAUGUCAGUGCGAUCAUUGGCACUGCCCUUGCAGCCAGGUUGAUCACGCAGGCUGGUGGGCUGACCACGCUGGCCAAAAUGCCAUCGCAGAAUAUAAUGCUCGUUGGGGGCAACAGGAAGGGUACAGUGGUACCAGGGGUAAUAUACUCCUGCGAUAUCAUACAAAACGCACCUUCGGCGGUGAAGCACCGCGCUGUAAAGCUAGUAUCGGGGAAAUUGUCACUUGCAGCCAAGAUUGAUAUGUUCAAGGAAGCCACAGACGGAAGUAUGGGCGCGGAAUAUCGCAAUAUGAUAGAGCAGGCAUUGCAGAAGGCACAGGAGCCACCACCAGCACCUCUAAAGAAAUCACUGCCGGUACCCGAAGAACGCAAGUCCACCAAACGUGGAGGAAAACGAUUAAGAAAGGCUAAGGAAAGACUAGCAGUCAGCGAGUUUAGGAAGUAUGCAAAUAGACUAAAGUUUGGAGAGGAAGCAGAAGAGGAAUAUGGCCUCGAAAGUGGUGAUGGCUUCGGAAUGCUAGGAAAACAUACAGGAUAUGGAAAGCUAAGAUUGCAACAUAAACAGCAGAAACUACAAUUGCCGAAGAAACGGCAAAUAGCAAUACAAAGCAGCGGCGCCACCAAUGGAAUGUCGUCAUCACUAGUGUUCACACCACUACAAGGCAUCGAGUUGUGUAACCCAGAGGCGGCAAAACCAGCGCCAAAGAAAAAAAAUGCAAUCCUAGACAACUCGGGAGGAUUCUUCAAAGUUGGCAAUAAUGCCAAGUAGAU